AUGGGUCGCAGGACGGGCCGCCUGCAGCUCCCGCCAGCCCCGGAGGCGGCCUCGGAGCUGCCGAAACCUCCCGCGCCCGAGAGGCACAACAUCUUUGAAAAUUCGGAGCCUCCCCGCUGGCCUGGGCAGCCCACCGGCCAGGAGCCGGCGCCCAGUGCUGUCUGGGCUCCUGCGGCGCUCCGGCCCGGGCGGCGGCAGGUUCCUAGACCCCCGGUGGUGUGCAGAAGAAGACCGACACUGUCAUCUGAAGUGGGAAUAAUAAUUUGCGACAUCAGUAACCCCGCCUCACUUGAUGAGAUGGCCAAGCAGGCCGCGGUCGUCCUCAACUGUGUAGGACCAUAUCGAUUUUAUGGAGAACCUGUGGUAAAAGCAUGUAUUGAAAAUGGAACUAGUUGUGUUGACAUCUGUGGAGAACCCCAGUUUCUGGAACUAAUGUAUUGGAAAUAUCAUGAGAAAGCUGCAGAAAAAGGAGUUUAUAUCGUUGGAAGCUGUGGUUUUGACUCUAUUCCAGCAGAUCUGGGAGUGAUAUAUACCAAAAGUAAAAUGAAUGGUACUUUGACUGCUGUGGAAAGUUUCCUGACUAUACAGUCUGGCCCUGAGGGAAUGUGUAUUCAUGACGGCACCUGGAAGUCAGCAAUUUAUGGUUUUGGAGACCAGAGUAAUUUGAAAAAACUACGACAGAAGACAAAUCUGAAACCUGUCCCGGUCAUUGGUCCAAAAUUGAAAAGACGGUGGCUGAUUUCUUACUGCCGAGAACUCAACCGUUACUCCAUUCCCUUCCUGGGGGCGGACGUGUCUGUUGUGAAGCGAACUCAGCGUUACUUGCAUGAAAAUUCAGAGCAGUCACCUGUUCAGUAUGCUGCGUAUGUAACCGUGGGCGGCCUCGCCUCUGUCAUUAAGCUGAUGUUCGCAGGACUUUUCUUUUUAUUCUUUGUGAGGUUUGGCAUUGGAAGGCAGCUUCUCAUAAAAUUCCCAUGGCUCUUCUCCUUCGGUUACUUUUCGGCGCAAGGCCCGACACAGAAACAGAUGGAUGCCUCCUCAUUUACAAUGACAUUCUUUGGUCAAGGAUACAGCCAAGGUUUUGGUGCCGAGAAGAACAAACCAAAUAUCAAAAUUUGCACUCAGGUUAAAGGACCAGAGGCCGGCUAUGUCGCUACCCCCAUAGCCAUGGUGCAGGCGGCCAUGACGCUUCUCGAUGAGGCCCCUUCGCUCCCCAAGGGGGGCGGGGUCUUCACACCCGGAGCAGCUUUCUCCAGAACGAAGCUGAUUGACAGACUCAGCCAACGUGGCAUCGAAUUUAGUAUCAUUAGCAGCUCUGAAGUCUAAACUCAUUUGAAGAAUUUGCUGGUCAUAAGAUGCCUGAGUUAACAGCUUUUUUUAUUUGAUAUUUGAAAUUCUUCUGUCAGUCCGUUUGACUGUAUGUGGAAAAGAUUGUCCAGUCUCACUUGUACACACCAGAAACAGGAAAUUGUAGUGGCUCAUCUAAAUUUCAAAUCUUACCCAAUUUUGUGAUUUAUUGAUUGUGAGAGGUCUAAUGUUGACUGACUUUCAUUGACGUUUCCAUGGUCAGUUUUUGUAACGGUGAUCGAAGGUGGGGUAAGCUGCUCUUCCUGCUGCUAACAGCUCCCUGACGGGUGCUCGGGCUGUGUCCAUGGCUGCAGGCCCUGCCGCUCCCCCACCGUGCUGGGGGGCGGGGGGCUCUACUUUCCCAUGAGUCUGUGUAUCGUGUGGGUCUUUGCUGAAUGACUUUUUGCCAUUUUUAACUUAGUUUUUAACCCAUCUACACUGACUGAUUCUGGAUUGCUACCUGAGUUGAAUAAUAAAGGCUUGUCAGUUGAAUGGUG